UAAGAAUCUGUUUACCAAAGGUCCAUAGCACUGCAGGCAACUGUUGGAAGUCAUUGUUAAAAUCACAAUAUGAAGCUGAUCCAUCUACCUUUGAUCAGAUGGAACAGAAAUUAACAUUGGAAAAAUUUCAGAACGAGGGAGAAUUUGGAGAUUUUCUUCAUUAAAGACAAAAAUAGGAAUCCUGGUUUUGACUUCAGUGGUGCUUCAAUAACAGGCAACUAUCAUGAUGGAGGGCCAAAAUUAGGCUAAAGUGAUCUCAUAUUCAUUCUUAGACAUUUUUUCACAAUGAAUUUAAGAAAACUUUCAAAUUUAAUAUUAUACUGACCUAUUGAACAAACAUUGAAAUGGAGGAGGAACACUAUUGUAUGAAUUGUAAAUGUGAAUUAAGAAAGCCAUAUAUUAUAUGUAAAGCUGAGGUAUGUCACUCCAUCACUAUCUGUGUUCAUUGCUUUUCUAAAGGAGUUAUAUUUGGAGUUCAUCAAAAUGAUCAUCCCUACACUGUUUGUAGAACAGAUUUCCCACUGUUUGAGCAAACAUGGACGGCAGAGGAGGAAACCACGUUACUUGAUAUCAUGUCAGACUGUGGCUAUGGCAACUGGUCUGAUGUAGCUCACAGGCUACGAACAAAGAGUCAGUCAGAAUGUCAGAAUCAUUACAAUAAAUAUUUCAUUGAUAAACCUCAUGAUGACUUACCUCACUUUAAAGAGUCAGAGAGAACUGUGUAUCCACAACCGAUCAUAUAUAAACUAUGUGACGACCCUCCACGCUACCCAGAAAACAAUGACCUCAGUGGGUAUAUGGCUGGAAGGGGUGAUUUCACAAUAGAAUAUGACAACUUCAUGGAACUGGAAAUCAAGCAUUUAGAUUUUGAUGAAGAGGAUGAAGAUAGUAAAAUGCAGUUGGGAGUUCUGGAUGUGUAUUACGAUUGCAUGAAAGAGAGAUGGAAACGGAAAAAAAUUGUCAGAGAUUAUGGUCUGAUCAACAUACCAAAGGUACAAGUUGCCAGCCGUAGAUACAGUUACACCAUCAAGGACCUUAUUGACAAGUUGAGAGUAUUCAUAACAUUGGUAUCACCUGAUGAAUAUAGUAAAUAUCUUGAGGCACUACAUUAUGAGAGAGAAUUAAAACAUGAUAUCAAGAAACUUCAGAGCAGAAGAGAAAAUGGCAUGACCUCCAUGGAGCAGAGUAAAAUGUAUCACAUCCUGAAUUCAAGGAGAAAUGUAGUGAAAUCAAAAAGACAUCUUAUGGUAGAUCUAUUAUCACAUUUAAAAGAUGAAACCUCUUGUCAAACAUGGCUUCAUAGGCAAGCUGUUUUAGACAAUAUGUCAAAAGGAGGCUUAGUUGUGUUACCAAAUGCUCCAAGAAAAACAGCUCCCCCACUAGACAUUUCUAGUUUGCCAGGUUAUGAAAAACUAGCAGAGACAGAACAAGAGAUCUGUGCUAAUAUAAGAUUGGUUCCAGAGGCUUAUGUAGAAUUUCGUAACACUCUGAUUAAUGAGUGUAAGAAAAAUGGAUGCUUGAAACUUGGACAGGCAAGAAGUUUGAUCAAAAUUGAUGUAAACAAAACAAGAAAAUUAUAUGAUUUUUUGUUGACUAAUGGGAUGAUUAAUAAAGAGUAGCUCUUAUCAUU